CGGGCACGUGAUCAACCCAUACCCACUUGUCUCUGUAUUAGUCGGAUGGCAAUUCUGCGUUGGCUGGGUCGGUGCAGACCAGCGGGGACGUGGACGUCGUGGAGGACGUAUGGAACUGUGAAUGUGUUGGGAAAGGACUACCCAACGGAUGCGAUGACCAACGUCUCGCCGACCAUUCUGUCCAAGCUGUCCGUGCAGCUGCACACGCAGCCAGCCCACCCACUGUCGACGCUGCGCUCGCUCGUCGAGUCGCACUUCCCUGCGUACGCCCAUCUGUCCUCCGUCUCGCCCCUCGUCACCCCAUACCAGAACUUCGAUCUGCUUUCCUUCCCACCUGACCACCCAGGUCGCUCCGUCACAGACAGCUACUACAUCAACAAAGAUCUCAUGCUGCGCACACACACCUCUGCACACGAGGUAGACGUCUUUUCUCGUGGCGAGACAACAUGGCUCCUCACUGCAGACGUGUACCGUCGCGACGAAAUCGAUGCAUCACACUAUCCCGUGUUUCACCAGACCGAAGGCUGCAGAAUCGUCUCCGCAGACGCAGCUGGCAUGCAAGAAAUACAAGACGAUAACGCGCGACUCGAGGAUCACCUGCGUCGCUCCCCCAUUCUCAUUGAAGAUGUUCCUCAUCUGUCCCCCACCAACCCGUGUCAACCGGCCCACGACCCCAAGCACACCGAACUCAUCGCGAAGAACCUGAAACUGUCCCUGAACAGUCUCAUUCUCCGUCUCUUUGGUGGGAAGCAGGCCGAAGGCGAGCCCCUUCGCGUACGGUGGAUCGAGGCCACGUUCCCUUGGACGACACCGAGCUUCGAAGUCGAAGUCUUUUUUCGUGGAAAAUGGCUAGAGAUCCUGGGUUGUGGUGUCAUUCACCAGGCCACGCUAGACAACUCCAACGUCCCAAACAAGCUAGGCUGGGCAUUCGGCCUAGGUCUGGAGCGGAUAGCUAUGGUGCUUUACUCCAUACCGGAUAUACGCUUGUUCUGGUCUCAGGAUCCCCGAUUCUUAUCUCAGUUCAAGCAGGGCGAAAUCAAUACUUUCAGACCAUAUUCGAAAUACCCGACUUGCUUCAAAGACGUUAGUUUCUGGUUGCCGACUGAUAUCACGCUUCACGAUAACGAUUUCUGUGACCUCGUGAGAGAUGUUGCAGGUGAUAUUGUGGAAAACGUCAAGAUAACCGACACUUACGAGCACCCCAAGUCAAAAAGGAAGAGCAUCUGCUAUCGAAUAAAUUAUCGUUCCAUGGAUAGGUCACUAUCCAAUGACGAGACGAACGAACUCCAUGCCCAGGUCACGUCGCGCCUCCAGGAGCAGUUCAGAGUCGAGAUUCGAUGAAUUAGAUAUGCUAGAAUAUAAUGUUAUCGUGAUGGUGAUGCGUGCGUGGUCGUACCAACCCCCCACAUGAGAAGCCAUCCUAACCGCAAGAAUAAUGUAUCAUGACGUAUCCUGGGCAACCCCGACUUGGGCUGCACGUAAUAACCGGUCCUUGAUCAUGAAACCGAUCUUUUGGCAAUCUAUUACAGUCCCCGGCUCCUUCUCAGGUAU